CUCUUUUAUCUUAUAAUAUUGUGUUGUAGAGAGGAGGAGCUUCAGUUGCAAAAGCUGAAGAAGCGGAAAAUAAAGGUGGACCCUCGACUAUCUUUUUCAGAUGAUUUUGAGAAUGACAAUGAAGAGGAAGAGGAGGAAAAUAAAGAUAAAGAAUCUGGAAGGCUUGGGCAGAGGAAAUUGGGCAAAGAUCCUACAGUAGAGACUAGCUUUCUGCCAGACAGGCCUUUGGAGUUUGAAGCAUACUCUUACAGUGAGAGAGAGGCAGAGGAACAAGCUGAGCGUGAAAGACUGCAGAAGCAAUGGAUUCGUGAGCAAGAACAGAUUAAGAAUGAGCCUCUUGAAAUCACUUACAGCUAUUGGGAUGGUACUGGCCAUAGGCGAGUUAUUCAGGUACGAAAGGGCGAUACCAUUGGUGAAUUUCUCCGGGCUGUUCAGCAACAGCUGUCACCAGAGUUCCGAGAGGUGACUACUUCUGUGGAGAAUCUGCUUUAUGUGAAAGAAGAUCUUAUCAUUCCACAUCAACACAGUUUCCAUGAGCUGAUCAUAAACAAGGCUAGAGGAAAAAGUGGACCGCUUUUCCAUUUUGAUGUGCACGAUGAUGUUCGCACCACUGCUGAUGCCACAAUAGAGAAAGAUGAGUCGCAUGCUGGAAAAGUUGUAGAGAGGCACUGGUAUGAGAAGAACAAGCACAUAUUUCCUGCUUCGAGAUGGGAGAUAUACGAUCCAACAAGGAAGUGGGAGCGAUAUACAAUUCAUGGGGACUGAUUAAUUUCAGUGUAGAUUCUCUUGGUGCACUUGUGAACUAAAGCCUGUAUCUUCACGUGUUGUGGAGAGCUAUUCAACUUAGAAAAUUCAGCCUGGAGAUAUGAAAUUAGAUAUAAUCUAUGUGGAAUUAAUUAAUUGGUUUAUGAAGCAUGUGAGCACUGUUGAAUUACUCGAACAAUUUCAUGUACUGAGAUAUGUAUGUGCUAUAGCCGUUUCAAGUUAGCAGGAUUUCUGGGUGCAAUUCAAUAUUCUUAAUUUUCAAGUUUGGAAGGAUACGGGGAGUUGGAUUCACUUUUGCUUAUUUAUCUGUCACACUUGAGAGAGAUUUUGAAUAUGAAGGGCUUGAAAUUUAGGGA